UCUCACAAUAACUCAAAUAAAUGCCCUGUCGGAUAUUAAAACACAUUUGGGGGGACUUGAUGACAGAAAGAGUAACUUUUAUUCUUAAAUACGGAUGAAUAAAAAAAACGUGUCUCCAGCAAAAAGGGCCCUUUACUCAUCCAGGGCAAAGGGGAGGAGCUUGAGCACCACUAGGGCUCUACCUGUGCACGUGCCUGUAUAAUACAGGUAUAUAUGUAUAUAUAUACCUGUAUGUAUAUAUCUAUGUAUAUACAUGUAUAUACACAUUAUUUCAUUAAUAAAUACCCUAUGCGAAGAACCCUGCUGAGCUUUUAUUUUGAAAGCUUGUGAGAGGCACUGAUUGUAGCUUCAGUGAGCUUCACACUAGUGUAAGAUGGAUAUGAAGGAAGCUACUGUACUACACACACACACACACACACGUACUACACACACACACAUACGCACACAUACACACACACGUACUACACACACAUACACACGCACAUACACACACACACGUACUACACACACAUGCACACAUACACACACACACGUACACACAUACACACACACACACACACACACACACUCUUGGAGCCCCCACCUUCCCUUUCACCUCUUGCAGUAGAACAGAAAGCUGCUGCAGCGACGUCCCACCACUCUGCAUCACACACUCCACCAUCUUCACAGAGCAGCAGAGAGGAGGAGGAGGAGGAGAAGAAGCAGAAGAAGCAGAAGAAGCAGCAGAAGAAGCAGCAGCAGCAUCGUCUCCGUCGGGCGUUCCGAGCAGACACCUCUGUGGGGUCUUUGUGAGUCUCCUGCACCAUGAGCAGGCAGCUCCCUGAGGACUAGGACCACCAGACAGCGCCCCCUGCCUCCAGCUCCUCUUCUCCUUCGUCACCUCUUCGUCUUCAUCCUCGUGGCCACUGGUCCCAGCAGCAGCAUGGACGAGUCCCGGCAGCCCAACCAGCCAAUCAGCACGCAGCAUGAAGCGGAGGUCGACCACGCCGUGAUCUGUCAACCUGCCGGCUCUGAUAACAUGGAUCACCUGGCGGUGAUCAGCGACCGCACGGAGAACAGUAAUGGCGUCGGCCCCGUGGCGGCGGCCUCGUCUCCCACGGCGUCCUCCGUGUCUCCGAAGCUUCACGCUCACGCUAACGGCCGGUCCGGCUCGUUGGCGGCGGGCUCCCCGAGGCCCUCCCUGACCCGCCGGCCCAGCGCCUUGCCGGAGGCCCCUGGGGGCGGGGCCAAGCCGAGGGACUACCUGCUCCUGGCCAUCCUGUCCUGCUUCUGCCCGCUGUGGCCCAUCAACAUCGUGGCCCUCACCUUCUCCGUCAUGUCCCGGAACAGCCUGCAGCAGGGCAACGUGGAUGGCGCUCGCCGUUUGGGCCGCAACGCCAUGAUUCUGUCCAUCGUCGCCAUCUUGGGAGGACUCGCCAUCAUCGCCGCGGGCAUCGCCCUCAACUGGGGACUGAUUUUGAAAUCCUGAUGAAAGACAACGACUUCCAGACCGACUCGACACCUCCUGAAGCAGACCUCCUGAAGCAGACCUCCUGAAGCAGACCUCCUGAAGCAGACCUCCUGAAGCAGACCUCCUGAAGCAGACCUCCUGAAGCAGACCUUCUGAAGCAGACCUCCUGAAGCAGACCUUCUGAAGUAGACCUCCUGAAGCAGACCUCCCGUCUUGCGGUUAGUCUCCGGUCCGAGGAGAAGAGGACCUCAGGUCUCCUCCAGAGGGUCCAGGUGGGGGAACCGGGUCCACUUUGGGGAUGCCAAAUGGUGAGAGACCUGUUGAACUGAACAUUGGACCCCGGACCUGAAAGCUGCUGACUCAACGGACAUCUUCAAACCAGAUGCAGUUUCAUCUUCAUCUUCACUGGACAUGUCUGACAUGUUUUACAUUUUAAUCUCCAGAUGUUUCUGUUUGUUUCUAUUUUUUUUAAUGGGUUGUUGUUGUUGUUAUUGUUUUGUUCGUCUUCAGGAUUUCAGGAAGUUUGUUGUUUUUAUUUUACACAUUUUACACAUGGUGCAGUACUCAUGGUGUACUAGUACUCAUGGUGUAGUAUUUACUGAACUGAACACUGUGAACGGAACUCAUCAAAUACAUUUACUCCAGUAAACUACACACACACACACACGACUCGUUCUGGUGUUUCAAUAUGCAAAUGAGUCUUUUGGUGUGUAAAGAUCAAAGAGGUGAAACUUCCUUGAAGCUUUGAGGUACUUGUACUUUGAUAUUUACAUGAUCUGCUUCUUUGUACUUCGACUGCGUUCAUUUCAUAUUGACAGAUUCACAUUAUUAACACAAAAUAUAAUCAGCUACUAACGAUGAUGUAAUGAUACUUAAUUAAACUACCAGCAACACCAGCACACCACAUAUACUGCACCAUGAGUACUUUGACCUCAGUACGUCAGUACUUCAGUAUACUUUGAUGUAGUUUUAUUUAUCAUGAAUGCGUAAGAGAGUAUUUAUUUACUGAAGUAUACCUUCUGAAUACUUUGUGCAAUGCAUUGUGGGAAAUCAAGAACACACUCAAAAACCUUCUUUUAAUGAUUUCACUUUUUUUAGUCCUACGAGUAGAACAAAAAAAAGUAUGACCAGUAGUGUCAGUAUAAUAACUAUAUAAACCCUCAUCAUUUAAACUAUAAUAACUAUAUAAACCCUCAUCAUUUAAACUAUAAUAACUAUAUAAACCCACAUUACUAAACUAUAAUAACUGAUUCUGGCGCUGUGGUCAUCUGGUAUAUUUAUAUUUAAACCUGUGCAUGUUUAUGACACGAUGCUUUAACACCAGAGCCCUGUAAAAAAAUAAAAAUAAUAAUAUGA